GCUCACGGCACCGCCCCUUCCCCCGCCCGCCUCGUGGUGCCGGUUCCGCCGCCCGCGUCCCGCCUCGCUCGAUCCCGCGGCCGGGGCGGCCCGGCUCUGUCUGGGGCGGGCGGGGCGGCCGCGGCCGGUUUGCGUCCGCGCAGCCGGUGUGCGAGUGGCUCGGGCGCGGUCUCGGCGCGCUGCCCGGCGGUGGGGGGCUGCCGCCAUGGGGAACCAGCUGGCUGGCAUUGCCCCAUCUCAGAUCCUCUCGGUGGACAGCUAUUUCUCGGACAUCCACGACUUCGAGUAUGACAAAAGCCUGGGCAGUACCCGCUUCUUCAAGGUUGCUCGAGCCAAGCACCGGGAAGGCCUGGUGGUCGUGAAGGUAUUUGCAAUUCAGGAUCCGACUUUACCCUUAACAAGCUACAAGCAAGAGCUGGAGGAGUUGAAGAUAAGGUUGCACUCGGCACAGAACUGCCUUCCCUUUCAGAAGGCAACUUUGUCUGAAAAGGCCGCGAUGCUUUUCAGACAGUACGUACGGGAUAACCUUUACGAUCGAAUUAGUACUAGGCCAUUCCUAAAUAACAUUGAAAAAAGGUGGAUAGCUUUCCAGAUCCUUACUGCGGUGGACCAAGCACACAAAUCUGGAGUUCGCCAUGGGGACAUUAAAACUGAAAACAUUAUGGUGACCAGCUGGAACUGGGUUCUUCUAACUGACUUUGCCAGUUUUAAGCCAACUUAUCUUCCUGAAGACAAUCCCGCUGACUUCAAUUACUUCUUUGACACCUCGCGGAGGAGAACAUGUUAUAUCGCUCCUGAGCGCUUUGUUGAUGGUAGUAUGUUUGCUACAGAGUUGGAAAACAUGCGGGAUCCUUCAACUCCUUUGGUAGACUUGGCAAAUAGCAAUCAGCGAACAAGAGGAGAGCUAAAACGUGCAAUGGAUAUCUUUUCUGCAGGCUGUGUAAUAGCAGAGCUCUUCACAGAAGGUGUACCCUUGUUUGAUUUAUCUCAGCUUUUGGCAUACAGAAAUGGCCUCUUUUCCCCUGAUCAAGUCCUAAACAAAAUUGAAGACCGUAGUAUCAGAGAACUGGUCACUCAGAUGGUCCAUCGUGAGCCAGAUAAACGUUUAGCAGCAGAAGAUUAUUUGAAACAACAACGUAACAAUGCAUUUCCUGAAAUAUUUUACACUUUCCUUCAGCCUUACAUGGCCCAGUUUGCCAAGGAAACAUUUGUAUCGGCAGAUGAGCGUAUAUUGGUCAUACGUAAAGAUCUGGACAACAUCAUUCACAAUCUCUGUGGGCAUGACCGCACAGAGAAAGCCGAGGGAGAGACAAAAGAGAAUGGGCUGGUUAUUCUAGUGUCUGUGAUAACUUCCUGUUUACAGACUCUCAAAUAUUGCGAUUCAAAACUGGCUGCUUUGGAACUGAUUCUUCAUUUAGCCCCAAGAUUAAGUGUAGAGAUUCUGCUGGAUCGUAUUACUCCUUAUCUGUUACAUUUCAGCAACGACUCUGUGCCCAGGGUGAGGGCAGAAUCCGUGAGGACACUAACUAAAGUUCUUGCUCUCGUCAAAGAGGUGCCACGCAAUGAUAUUAACAUUUACCCAGAAUACAUUCUGCCAGGCAUUGCACACUUGGCCCAAGAUGAAGCCACUAUCGUCAGACUCGCAUAUGCUGAAAACAUAGCAUUGCUGGCAGAAACAGCUCUGAGAUUUCUGGAAUUAGUACAGCUGAAAAACCUGAAUAUGGAAAAUGAACCAAACGGUGAAGAAAUGGAUGAAACAUCUCACCCUAGCGAUAACUAUGACGCAGAGCUGCAAGCCUUGCAUGAAAUGGUCCAGCAGAAAGUUGUUACUUUGCUAAGUGACCCGGAAAAUAUUGUGAAACAAACACUAAUGGAAAAUGGAAUAACACGUCUCUGUGUCUUUUUUGGACGACAAAAAGCCAAUGAUGUUCUCUUGUCUCAUAUGAUCACUUUCUUAAAUGAUAAGAAUGACUGGCACCUUCGGGGAGCUUUCUUUGACAGCAUAGUUGGUGUUGCUGCUUAUGUUGGCUGGCAAAGCUCAUCAAUUCUGAAACCUCUGCUUCAGCAAGGUCUCAGUGAUGCUGAAGAAUUUGUCAUUUAUAAGGCCCUCAAUGCUCUUACUUGUAUGUGCCAGUUAGGGCUCUUGCAAAAGCCCCAUAUAUAUGAAUUUUCUUGUGAUAUCGCACCUUUCCUGUGCCACCCUAAUCUUUGGAUACGUUAUGGUGCAGUGGGAUUUAUCACUGUGGUAGCACAAUAUUUAAAUAUUGCUGAUGUCUACUGCAAGCUAAUGCCAUACCUCCGUCCUUUUAUCACGCAGCCAAUAAUACAGAUAGAUAAAGAAAUAGUCUUGCUAAGUGUACUUAAAGAGCCUGUCAGCCGUUCCAUAUUUGAUUACGUCUUAAGAUCAAAGGAUAUCACAAGCCUCUUUAGACACCUUCACAUGCGUCAGAAGAGGAGGAAUGGUGCUCUCCCUGACUGCCCACCACCAGAGGACCCUGCCAUUGCACAGCUGCUGAAGAAGCUACUUUCACAAGGAAUGACUGAGGAGGAAGAAGAUAAACUAUUAGCACUAAAAGACUUUAUGUUAAAAUCAAAUAAAGCUAAAGCCAAUAUAGUGGAUCAGAGCCACCUGCAUGACAGCAGUCAAAAAGGGGUGAUUGACUUGUCAGCUCUGGGCAUAACUGGAAGACAAGUGGAUCUUGUUAAAACAAAGCAGGAGCCUGAUGACAAACGUGCUAGAAAACAUGUAAAGCAAGAUUCAAAUGUAAAUGAAGAAUGGAAAAGCAUGUUUGGGUCCUUGGAGCCAUCUAACAUCUCCCAGCCAAUACCCAAAGGACAUGGGCAAACAACCGAUCCUGAAGCUAUCCAGGCUGGGAAACCCCUUCGUUCGGAGUCCUCAGCAGGCAUUUGUGCUACUCUGUCAUCCUCUCCACAGGCCACUGAUGGGAUGGCUGUUCAACCUAGGAAACCGACUAUACAGCUGUUGAGCAGUACUGCGUCCCCUUCUGCCUACCAGUUACGUAUCACCACUUGCAAAACUGAGCUUCAGCAGUUGAUCCAGCAAAAACGAGAACAAUGUAACGCAGAAAGAAUUGCUAAACAAAUGAUGGAGAAUGCAGAGUGGGAGAGUAAACCCCCACCUCCAGGAUGGCGUCCCAAAGGACUGUUGGUAGCUCACCUUCAUGAGCACAAGUCUGCAGUGAACCGCAUUCGAGUCUCUGAUGAACAUUCCAUUUUUGCCACUUGCUCGAACGAUGGCACAGUGAAAAUCUGGAACAGCCAAAAAAUGGAAGGAAAAACUACUACAACCAGAUCAAUUCUGACAUACUCUCGGAUUGGAGGACAUGUCAAGACACUGACAUUCUGCCAAGGCUCACAUUAUUUGGCUAUAGCUUCCGACAAUGGUGCCAUCCAGCUUCUUGGGAUUGAAGCAUCAAAGCUCCCUAAAUCUCCUAAAAUUCAUCCAAUACAGAGCAGAUCCUUAGAUUUGAAGGACGAUGGGUGUGUGGUAGAUAUGCAUCACUUCAAUUCAGGAGCACAGUCAGUGUUGGCUUAUGGUACAGUUAAUGGAUCUCUGGUUGGAUGGGAUUUGAGAUCUAGCAGCAACGCUUGGACACUGAAACAUGAUUUGAAGUUAGGCCUCAUAACAUCAUUUGCUGUGGAUAUACACCAGUGCUGGCUGUGUAUUGGUACAAGCAAUGGUACCAUGGCAUGUUGGGACAUGAGGUUUCAGUUACCGAUCUCCAGCCAUUCCCAUCCUUCCAAGGCCCGAAUCAGACGCCUGCUCAUGCAUCCUGUCUAUCAGUCCUGGGUAAUUGCAGCUGUUCAAGGCAAUAAUGAAGUCUCCAUGUGGGAUAUGGAAACUGGUGAUCGACGCUUCACUUUGUGGGCCAGCAGUGCACCUCCUCUUUCAGAACUGCAGCCUUCUCCUCAAAGCAUCCAUGGAAUAUACUGUAGUCCAGCAUCUGGUAAUCCUAUAUUACUGACGGCAGGCUCAGACAUGAAAAUAAGGUUUUGGGAUCUAGCCUAUCCAGAGAGAUCGUAUGUUGUUGCAGGAAGUUCUAAUUGCCCAUCUGUUUCUUACUACAGGAAGAUAAUUGAGGGCACAGAGGUGGUUCAGGAAAUUCAAAACAAGCAGAAACUGGGGCCCACUGAUGAGACCCCUCGGAAGAGUCCAGAGUCUCUCCCAGUUGGACAUCAUGAUAUUAUUACAGAUAUUGCAACUUUCCAGACCACUCAAGGAUUUAUAGUAACUGCAUCAAGGGAUGGAAUUGUUAAAGUAUGGAAAUAAAAGUUGCACUAAUAUAUAGUAUGUAAAUAUUUGUAAUAAAGAAAUGGCGUUAUAAUGAAGUUUGAGGACUGUUUCCAAGAUCAUGGAAUAGAAUGGACUUAAAAGACUAUAAGGGUGGUGAUAAAAUCAGUUAUCAGUAUCUUACCACCCUAUUAAAAGCACUUCUUAAUCACUCAUUUUAUUAAAGAUAUUUGGUAUCUGUAGCAUUUGCUUGAAAUACCAAGCAGUUUAUGAAGAAAAUGUUUAGCCUAGUGAUGACUACAUUGUUCUUCAAGAUUCAUUCAGAAAAUGAUUUAAAAAGUCCCACGUUACAGAUUAUAAAUGUGUAAAAAGCAAGUAACUGGUAAAACUACUUCAACAUCUGACUUUUCCUGUGUUGAAUCUGAGAAAUGAAAUAAGAACCAGAUGCACUAAUGUCCCUGUGUAUUCUAAUAAGUAUAAUAAAGUCCACUUGAGCUUC